UGAAGAAAAAGAGCAGGAAUUUCUAGAAUUACUAAAAAUAGUUGAGUUAGCAGAGCAGAUAUUUGGGGCAAACCAUGCUAAAAGUAAACUUGCCAAUGAAAUUAAUAAUUGGCAUCUGACUCCAGCUAGCGUAUAUAAAAAUAUAAAGCAAUCUUGUGUUGAGCAUGGGUAUAGAGGACGCUGGAAUACACUUAACUAUCAAGUUGGAGAAGUUGUAUAUAUAGAUAUAAAGGAAUGUUACCCAGCAAUAGCAGUAAAUGAAGAAUUGCUACAAGAUGAUAUAACCGGAUUUGCGCAAGUAAGAUUUUUCAAAUUUGUUCCUAAUAUUCAUCUAGCAAUUUCUGUUUGGUAUAGAAAACACUUUGCUUGUCGAACAGAUAUCCUAGAAAGUGUAUCUAUAGGAGAAGCUAUUAUUUCUCUUACCAAGCAAACGAAUGUAUGGUUGCCUAAAAAUCAGGAUAUUAGUUGUGCUAUCAUAGGAAAGUUCACGCAGAGAAAUAAAGUUGAAGAAAAACACCUUACUCAUUGGGUUGAUUGUAUUAAAGAGGGAACAUAUGCUGCUUCAAUAUUAGCUUACGCCCAUAUAAACUUACUGGAAAUGCUUCGAAGAUUUGGCCCUAAUGAAGUAUUAAGCAAAAGAUUAGCUAUCUCAAAAUUCGAAUCGGUUAAAGUAUUCCAAAAAACUAAAAUGCUUUUAGCAGUAGGAGAAUAUUUUCCAUGUAGCAAAUAUAAACCAUUUGUUUGUCAUGAUUGCUUUUGGGAUUGGUAUGCUCAUAAAGGUUUUUGGGAAGUUAUUCCUGAUAAGAAGCCAUCUAGCAAUACUAAAUGGACACCUGAACAUAUGGGAGAAAAGAAAUUUCCACAAGUUGAUAUCUGGAAUGAG